AUGAAAUUUAAAGAUUAUUUAACUUCUCUUGUAACCAAACGUAAAAGUACAACAUCAUCUUCUAAAUCACAUCCUAAACCAAUUCAAACAAAAAAUAAUCAAGAAUUAACAGCAUCAGCCGAUUGUCAUUAUGAUAUUUGUGGAUAUGAAGAUAUUAAUAGUAUUGUUACUGAUGAUCAACAUAGUCGUACUCAAGUAUUACUAGCUCGUCAUGCUGAAUUAGUCAAUACAAUUGUUGGAACACGAUCAUCACAUGAUAAUACAUUGUCUUCAUGUUCUCAAUGCCGAACCUCACAUCAACCAUCGCCUGCAAUUCCACCUCCAUUACCACCUCCACUUCCACCUAAAUUAUCAUUAGAACAGCAAGCAUCAUUUUCAAAUCGUAAUUAUUCGAGUACAUUAGCAACAUGUAGUCCACGUCGUGAGUGUCAACAUCAACAUCAUCAUCAUUAUCAUCAUCAUCAUAAACAACAGCAGCAACAAACACCACAUCAUCCAACACAACCCAUUUCAUCACAAUAUUCAACACCAAAUCCAAGUAUUAUUUCAUCGAGUAAUAGUUCUUUAUGGACAACAACAACCACAAGUUUAUCUAAAAAACAACGUUCAAAAAUUCGAACCAAUCCUUGGAUUGGAAAUACUUCAAUAAAUAAUCGAUCAUCAACUUUUAUUGAACCAUCAAAUGUAUUUCAUCAUCAAACAUCAUCACUAGUACCACCCUUAGUACAACCUGAAUAUGGUAUUUAUGAUUCAACAUUUCGUACACCACCUGCCGGUUUAAUACAUUCAGAAUCAUUUCCACAAACAACAUCAAAUGGAAAUAUUAAUCUAACAAAUUCACCAUCACCUCCACCGCCACCACCAGCACCAGCACCAACAUCUAGUGUUAUCCUACACCAAAGUGAUAGUGGACAUGGAUUCUCUCUAUCGAGUUCAAGAGUUAUUGAAUCAUCAUCAUCGUCAUCUACUUCUUCGUCUUCUUCUUCACCACUUCCAUCCAAUUCAUCAUCAGCAAAUAAUACAGGUGGUAACAGUGUUUUAUUAAAUGGUAAACAACAUUAUCAUCAAAAAAAACUAAAAAAGAUCUCAACAACAUCAUCACCAUUAGUAAUACAAAGAAGUUCAAUACAUAAUACGAAUACAGAACAAUAUUUUUGUCCACAGGCAAUUACGUCGGAUAGUGGUAGUUUAACACGAAGAACAAAAGUUCCUCAAAUUUCAUCAACAUUCGCUAGUCAAUAUCGUUACCAACGUCCAUCAAACACUACGAAAACUAAUUCUGUCAAAUUGCCUAUUGAUCGAAUGAAUCAUGAACAUCAUUCAUGUAGUUCAUCAUCUCGUUCCAUUGAUGAUCGUUUUUCACUUGAAUUUGAAGAAAUACUUGAAAAUGAACGUUCAUAUAAACAAAGAAAAGAUAAACAACCUUCAGCUAAGCUAAUAUCAUCAGCAUCGAUAUCACCACGAAAGAAUCCAUUCAUACUUCCAUUAGAUGAAACAAAGAUCAAAUUACCAUCACCACCACCGAUUUUAUUUUCUCCAACAUUAACAAAAACAAAUUCACGUGCUAUAUUAAAACAUAUUGAAGAAAUUGAAAAUGAAAUUAGAUUAAUUAAAAAUUUAGAUUUGAAUAAUGGUGAUGAUGAUGAUGACGAUGAAGAUGAUGAAUAUCUUCUUUCACCAAAUGCAUAUCCUGAAGAAGUUAUUAAUUUAGAAGAUGGAAAUGAUGAUGAUGAUGCGGAAGAUGAAAUUAAAGAUGAACGACAAUCAAUUAAUGAGCAAGUUGAUCAAUGGGUUGAAAAAUGUUUAAAAACAACUAAUAAUACCAAUAAUCCAGCAGAUCUUUCUUAUACUGAAUACGAUCAUUUAUCGAUUACUGCGAAUAAUUAUGUUGUCUGUGUUUCUUCUAAUGAUGAUCGACAAAUUUCAUCAACACCAACACCAUCAAAAUCUCAAAAAACAACCAAAUUAAUGACAGCAUUCUAUUUAAGUUCAAUACCAGAUCAAACAACAAAACGAACAUCGUCAUUUAUUGAUGAACCCCUAAAACUAGAGAAAUCUCAAACAGUUAUACAUUAUUUACAACCUAUACAUGAAUGUCCUUUCUAA